UACGAUGAGGCUCAGAACUCAAACAGUUUUCUAUCAGAAAUACCAUUUAUGAAUGAUGUGAGUGGCGUCGAAAAAAAGGUAACGAAGCCAAAACUAGCCGAUAUGAUCAAAGCAUAUAAAUCAAUAAUUGCAAAUAUUGGUGAAGAUAUAAAUCGAGAAGGUUUGCUGAAAACACCUGAAAGAGCUGCUAAAGCUAUGUUAUUCUACACCAGAGGCUAUGAAACCAGCCUUAAUGACAUAUUAAAUGAAGCUGUUUUCAUCGAAGAUCAUGAUGAGAUGGUAAUUCUGCGAGAUAUAGACAUGUUCUCUUUAUGCGAGCAUCAUUUGAUACCAUUUUAUGGGAAAGUUCAUAUUGGUUACUUGCCAAGCAAGAAAGUACUUGGGCUAAGCAAGCUAGCAAGAAUUGUCGAGAUCUAUAGUAGACGACUACAAUUGCAAGAAAGGUUGACAAAACAGAUUGCUUCAAGCGUUCUUCAAGCUGUUCAACCGUCAGGAGUUGCUGUUGUUAUCGAAGCAUCACAUAUGUGUAUGGUAAUGAGAGGAGUGCAAAAAAUCAAUGCGACGACAAUAACAAGUUGUAUGUUAGGUGUAUUCCGAGAUGAUUCGAAAACUCGUGAAGAAUUUUUUAAUCUUAUAAAGAAGUGA